AUGGGCCCAGGUGGGCUAGCUUUUAGCGAUUCAAUUCAAAAAAAUCAUAACACGAUCGAAAAGAAAUUUAAUGUAAAAAUCUUUAACCGUGAACCAAGCCCACAAGGUACUGAUGUGAUCGGUGGAAAGGUUAUAUAUUACAUUACAUUGCACGAGAGAAAAUCAUUUUUAAAAUGUAUUCCGGAAUCAAUUGAUACGAGACUUCAUGAAGUUGUACCGGACCCAAUUGACGGUGGAAUUGAAAAUCAUGUUGUAACGGUUCAUGAUCAUUUAGGAAAUGUAUUAUUUAAAACUCCAGGAUAUCAAGUUAAGAAUGUUUAUGAAUUAGGUAUUGACGUGCAAUGGGAUAAGAAAUGUGUUGGAUACCAUGAAAAUGAGGAAGGAGUUUGGGUUAUCUUUGAAGAUGGUACGAGAGGGAGAGGAGAUUUCUUGGUCGGCGCGGACGGAAUUCAUUCUGCAAUUCGAAAACAGAAAAUUCCUGAAUUGAUAUCAAAUCAUUUGGGAAUCACGCAAUGUUGUACAGAUGUCGCUCCAAAUAAAGAACUUUUCGAUCGAAUAUUAUCAAUCACCGGAAAUAAUUCGUCUAAUGCGAUUAAUGAAUCAUCACGUUAUAGAGUAUCAUUUGGUUAUUCUUACCCUUCUGAACAACAUGAAAAAGAUGAUAAUUGGACUUAUAAGGAUUAUGAACUAUCAACAAGCAAAUUCCCUGAUGAUGAAAUCCUGAAAUGGUUUUAA